UUCGCGUGGAAGGGGUACAUCCGGUCUAAUGGCGUCAAGAGCCAAGCAUUGUUGUCACAUUUUGUCCUACAGUGUUUCAAUAUUUCGCAUUGUUUAUGUUGCUUGAAUUUCGUGAGGAAAAGACAGGAGGCACAGCCGGUUGCGCGGAUUACGAUAAACGGAAGCAGGAGUGAGCGAAUUUGUACGCGUGCGAUGCAUAUCAAGAUGCAGGUACAAAAGGCUGAUCUUCACAGAUAGUUGGAUGCUAUCUGUAGAAGCAGAUAAGUUUUAAGAGAAUGACUAAUCGUUGAAUGAAUAUUGGGAAUAUUCAACCAUGGAAAUUACGACAGAGGAAGCACAAGCUGUGCUUUUGGAAGGGAUGGAAGGUGCUCAGUACAUCACUAUUCAGAGAGCUGACGGGGAAUCCUUGAGCAAAGGAGUACCACUGUUAGCUUUGAAUGGUGAAUUGAUUUCAGACGGGAUGGUUGUGGACAUGAUUAAUGCUGGAGUUGGUACAGAUUAUGGCACUGCAACUCAGUAUUAUGAGGAUGACUUGUUGUCACAUGAACUAACAGAGAAUGUAAAUUGUGUGAUGCAGGAGGACCGUAAACUGGCUGCUGCUUUAGUUGCAGUGCAGUUGCACCAGCAGCAAAAGCAACAGCAAUUACACAUUCAGUCUCAACAUGAGGAUCCGACUUUACCAGAUGUUUCUCAUUUGGAAACCUUAGCACCGGUAAAUUCGUAUGCCAUCCAAACUGUACCAGAACCAAACACCCCAACAGUCUACCCGACAUUGCAACCUUUCAAGAGAAUUACGCAGAACGUGAAGCAAGAAUUCAUCAACGUCAAAAGUGAAUACGACGUUGAGGUUUCCGCGGAGAGUAGUGAGGAUGCUACGUCAGCAUCUGGACCUAAAAGAACGUUGCCACAUAAGAAAAGGAUACCUCGUAAAUUAAAACAGCAAACGAAAAAGAGUACCGCGCGAAGGGAUAAUAGCAAAUCAAGCCAAGAAAACGCGGCGAUCGACUCCGCUAAUGAAGUCCAAGCUAAUAUCUUCAAGUGUGAAUUGUGUAGCUCGAAGUUUAGCAGCCAGUUGAAGUUUUUCGAACAUCUGAAGGUGCAUUAUGAGCCGGUCAAACAAGAGACGCGAAUAGCUCAAGCGACAAAUACCAAUAUCACGAUAUCAGUGCCAGAAACAGUACAUAAUUUAGACAAUACUGUAAUCGAAGAAUUCAGUGAACCCGAAGAUCUAAUGGAGGGUAUUCGCGGUGUAGUGGAGGAAACCGGUGCGCACAUUGACGAAGACACGGAGCCUCCACUGUCCACUGCGAACAACGAGUCGACAAUGUGGAACAUCGCCGAUAUCACCGAGCAGGCACAGAGGGACCAUAUGAGGGCGUCGGUUGUUGGCGAAAAAAGCUUAGACGAGAAAGCGAAGACGGACAUUCCGCAAACGACUAAGAAAAAGAAGUCGCCGAAAACGCGAAAGUCAACUGACGAAUUAACGUGCCCUCAAUGCAGUCGUUCAUUCCACCAUAAAAAUAGUUUAGUCUACCACAUGCGAUCUCACAGCGGAGAACGGCCGCAUCAGUGCGAAAUCUGUAGUAAACGUUUUUUCGCUGCUAGCGCGUUGAAGGUGCACAAAAGACUUCACAGCGGCGACAAACCGUACAAGUGUGAGGAGUGCGGCCGGCACUUUCGGCAAUGGGGCGACCUCAAGUACCACUCGACGAGCAUUCACUCGGAACACAAGCAGUACCAGUGCGAGUACUGCGCCAAGGAAUUCGCCCGGAAGUAUUCGUUGAUCGUUCACAGGCGUAUCCACACCGGCGAGAAGAACUAUCGUUGCGAGUACUGCAACAAAACGUUCAGGGCGAGCAGUUACCUGCAGAAUCAUCGGCGCAUACAUACCGGCGAAAAGCCACAUCCGUGCGCCGUGUGCGGCAAGCCGUUCCGAGUGCGCAGCGACAUGAAACGCCACAUGCAUACGCACUCCAGAACGAAGGGCGACAAGCCAUUGAAUAGAAUCCUAACGAGCAAAACGGUAGAAGAGGAGAGUGACAAAGCGGUACAGGCGCAAUCAAUUCACGAUCUCGUGAGAGACUUGAAAUUGGAGGUUGAGGCGACAGGGGUGGUGAAAAUCGUGCCGCCGGACGACAAUCCGGAAAGUAUUCUGCCGCACACAGGCGGACAAAACUUGGAAUAUACCGUGCCGCCUACAACGGACACGGCUGCCGAUAGAGAUCCGCUGGAAGCUGCUGUACGAACUAAUGAAAACAUACAAUAUUAUUUGAUAUAACCUCAGAACAUCAUACAUGAAGGAAAAGUGUGCUCCGCUGUACAAUAGGGUUGAUCGUUCAAUCAGUACGCAACUUGAGAAGUUUAUAAAAUAUAAUGUAUAGGUCUUGCAAAAUUGUGGAUGUCGAACUGUUAAAUUCUGCAAGUAUAUUUAUAUUUAAAUUAUUAGUAUCAGAGGCAAUUUAAAGAAUUUAUAUAAAGGAACUAAAAGAACUGACUCGAGCAAAAAAGU